AUGAGUCACGCUUUGUUCCCCUAUCUUGUGAAUGUAACACCUGCAAAAGCGAUUUACUUCAAGCCUCGAAGUUUUCUGGAGCUGCCAAGCUAUCAUCAUCAAGUGUAUUCAUUAAUUAGUAGUGAAAUAAAAGUUAUAGAAAAUUGGCAUAAGUUGUUGCCAGCAAAAGUUCUGUGUCCGGAUAAUGACACGCAGGUUGCGUCGAACAAUCAAGGGAACAGGGCAGAUAAUGUCCCAAGGAUAUUCGCCAUGUUCGAUGAAUUUCAAUUGACUGAUAAACUUUUCGAAUUUCAAGUUGAAAUUUAUGAAAAGACCAUCGCAGAAGAAAGGAUUAAGAAACGCUACGGUUUUGCAUUGGUAUUUAUCGAUAGAUUAGAAAAUCUAAUUAACAAAAAGAUCGAUUACAACAGAAGUGUCCGCCGAUUCGACCCCCAAGAAAGAGAACGUCCAUUAACAUCAAGAACAACUAAACAUCCAACCGAAGAGGCACACUUCACCCUGAGUGGAAACUCACGGUACACCUCAACCCUUACUUAUGUACAGCUUACUACAUCAACAGGGGAUGUCCAGACCAAAAUAGGCGAUAAAUCAAGGAUGUUUUAUCAUCCAAAAAUUAUGUAUAAAAAGAGCUCCGAUUUACCGAAAACCUUGAAUUGUAACUCGCACAAGUCCAACAAAGAUGAUGCACGAGAUACUAAGCGCUGCUUACGUAGAAGGAGUAUGGGCAGCGUUGAGAGAAGGAGACCAUGCAGAGGCACUCGAAAGGAAUUGAAAGAAGGAAUUGUUGAUCCUACUCAACUACCGAAGCAAAGUCAAGCCACGGUUUCUCUACGAAGUAUGCACGCCUUUGAUCAUCAUCGUCCACUUAUAUGUGCUGUUGCACCAUUUUUUGUAAGAACCGAAAAGUAA